UUGCACUGGAGGGCUGUAGUGGCUCCAUCCUCAGGGAUCCUCAGCUCUCGAAGAGGUGUGGCCCUGUGCCAUGGGCAGCUUCUGCAAGGGCUGGACAGGACAGUGCCCUGUGUCCGGACUACACACAGGGCAGGGACUUCACUUGAGCAGGGACAUGGCUACAGCCUGUGGGGGGCACACACACGGAUGGGCACGCACGGCACAUGGGCAUACACUCACACACGCGUGUACACGUGUGCUCAAGGUGAGUGUGCGGGCAACUGUGCGCACCUGCACACACACCUGUAUCCAGAGUCGUGCUCAUCAGAGCACAUUCAUGACUGCCCAGGGAGAGAGUGGGAUGGGGUGCGGGUAGUAGCAGACGUCCGGGAUGGAGGGGUGCCCGGAAAUGGAGAGUAGCUGGGGGCGGUUCCCGGGAUGAGGAGGUGCCAGCGCUGGGACCUGACUGCAUCCCGCCGCUCCUCUCCGCGGCGGGGCGGGGUCUGCGCGGAGCGGGCCAAUCAGCGCCCGGCCCGCCGCGGGGCUCGGGGUUAAAGCCGGGCGCGGGGGGCGGGGCGGAGCGCGGGAUGUGGGUGCGCGCGGUUCUGGCCUGCGCUGCGCUCUGCGCAUGCGCGCGCGCUUGGCUCAGCGGCGCUGUGUGCGCGCGGGAGGCGGCGGGCGCGGGCGGAGCGCGAUACGUGGCGUUCCUGAGCACGGGCGCCGGCACCGGACCCGCGCUGGUCGAGAGCGUCUGGGCCGCCCCCGGCCGCCUCCGUGCCUGCUGGGCCCGCCGCGAUCCGCGCCUCGCCCGCGCCUUCCGCGCCACCUGCGCGCAGCGUCCGCCCGCCGCGCCCGGGGCCGCGCUGCGCCGGGCCCUGUCCGCGCUGUGGUGGCGCCGCGCCGCCUGCACCGACCCCGCGCCGCCGGGACCGCAACGCCGCCGGCGCCGAGGCUGGACGCUGCCAGGAACGCUGUGGUGCGGUGCGGGAGACUCGGCGGGGAACUGGAGCGAGCUGGGGCUGUUCCGCGGCCCCGAUCGGUGCUGUCGGGAGCACGACCAGUGCUGGGCGCAGAUCACGGCGCUGCAGUUCAACUACGGCAUCCGCAACUAUCGCCUGCAUACCGUGUCUCACUGCGAUUGCGACUCCAGGUUCCGGCGUUGCCUGCUCGCUAUCAACGACACCGUCUCCAACAUCAUCGGCAUCACGUUCUUCAACCUGUUGGAGGUGCCAUGCUUUGUGCUGGAAGAGAGCGAGGAGUGCGUCCAGUGGCACUGGUGGGGCGGGUGUGAGCGUUAUGGUGUAGUGCCUCUGGCCAGGAUGGUGCAGCAGAAUCAGUACCACCCCAGCCUACCGGCGGAGCAGAGGGGCAGUCCCACUGUGCAGCCACCGGGCAAAGGAAGGAAUUUCUCUAGAACAGGGCAUAAGCGGCUUCGACAGAAAGCGAGGGCAAAGCCUGGGCACCGCCAGGCACAGAGACCUAAGACAGCCCAGAAGCCACAGGGCCCAGGUACCCCUGCAUUGGCCAGGGACAUGACUGAGCUCACAACCAGGCACCUAACAGUGCAGUGGGGGCUAGAGCCUAGCCCUGCAACAGCAUUGACAGUGUCAAGACAGGAUCUGGUGGGAGCAGAGCAAGGAGCUGGAAUCUCAGCACAUCCUCCGUAUAGCAGCAUUGAACCCAGCCCAUCCACAGCACAGUGUGGAGCCACGUCCGUGCCGGCUGGGAAGGGACACAGGCAACAGGGCCCAGGCAGAGGGUGCAGGUGCAACAAGCAUGUAGGUAAGUGUGAGCACCAGAUUGCACCCCACGAGGCAAGGUACCAGCUGCACAAUGGGGACAGCCGGACACUCCUCCACUGCAACUGCACACGCAGGCUGGCACAGUGCCUCCGCAAGGCAAGGGGCUGCAGUGACAUGGACAUGGCUGUCCUGGCUGACCGCAUUGCCAUGGACUGCUUUGUUCUGGAGCUGCCUGCUGCCUGCAGCCCAGGCAGCGGGUCACAGCACAGCAGCUGUACGAUGGUGACCAGGGCUGUGCUUGUACCUGCCCAGCAGUUCAAAAAGAUUCUAAGACGCUGGGGCCCUCUGCAUGUGAGCUCCAAGGCCAGGCGUCCACGCUGGAAGACACAGGCCAGGGGAGGCAACCUCUGAGCAAUGCCAGCAUCUGGUUGUAGAGCAGACACCAGGUGCUUGGCCCCACACAGUGCUUCGAUGACACCCAAGCAGCACUGCCUUGAGAAGGAAGGGGAGGAAGAUGUGCUGUGCAGCAGCUGCAGCCUGGAGCUGCUUGGGGUCUGGUUCUCAGGUCAAAGGAUGGCACUGAGUAUGGCUGCUGGCAUCACAGCAUGGAGCUGGGGCCCACAGCCAGGGCAGGCAGAGCAAUGUAGAAGCCUCUCAGGGAAGUGUGGCUGCUAUCCAUGAGUAUCAAAAGCAAGGGGCAAGAAACAGGACGGCUCAGGAAAGGGGAAACUCAUUGUCCUUUUUCCCCUCUAGGGCAGGGGGGAUAGUAGGGUCCCCCACCCCUAAAUUGGUGACUCUUCAACUGGGGGGCCUGAGCAGUGAGGUGUGAUCCUAACUCUUGCCCAGGCAGGGUAGGAGGGCUGGAGUCAGUAACUGCAUGCAGCAGAAUAAAUAAAGGGUGGUCAGAGCAUGGUAUAUGGUGCAAGUGUUGAACCUGCUGUCCCCUCUUGAUGCUGUGGCCCCCACCCCAGGGCUGAUCCUGCCCCCAGCAGUGAGCACAGUGCAGCUGGAAUGGGCAGGAUCAUUUAUUUUGUCACUUGCACUAUGUUCAGGCUGAGGCACAGUGGUAGAGCAGGGAAGGAGCAGGCUUUGAUCUCCAGGGUACCCUGUAGUGGUCUUUGCUCUGUGCCCAACACCAUUCCUGCCAGAGCCCUGCCCUGGCCUCUAGUGCCAUCUCAGGUGUGAGGCCAGCACUCCUCCCAUGGGACAAGAGUCCUGCACUUUAAGUUCAUGAGAGGUUCCCCAAACUGCACUAGACCAGCUUUGCUCA